AUGGAUGGCCAAAGGCAGCAAGCGUACAUACCUGCCCCUCCACCUCCUUCUGCGACACAGCCAUCUCAGUCCCACAUGCUUUCGCUACCACCGCCGCCACCUCGACAUCUGCCUACGCAACCCCAGGGUGUGAUGCCACCUCCACCUCCGGGACCACCCCCGGGACCCCCUCCAGGUCCUGGAUAUGGCGCGUCGAAGCUCGCAAACUCCCAGUUGCAGCAGCAGAACAAUCUCGGAUGGCAGCAUAAUUGGGCUAGGCAAGCGCUAUCUCAAGGGUUUCUCCCACCUCCCCCGCCGCCUCCAAUGGUACCGACAAACCAAGCUUACGGCCGUCAAACGAGUUUCUCAGUCCCCACUGCCGACGGUCCGAUUACAUCUGCGACUUAUGUCCCAGGCAGUAACACUUUCGGUGCCGGCGUCGGGAUUCCUGGGUUCGAUGCUCACACGCGGCCUUCGUAUGAGGCUUAUGGAACCAUGUCCGGGAGCGAUAGGAUAAGAGGACCCGUGCACCAUUUAUACGAAAGCUCGGGCGGAGAGGUUCCAGCAUACAAGCGCGAUGGAACCGUACCACCUACCCCAUCAGCCCGUACAAUGCCCUCUUCUUUGGCAUUGCAUGACAAUGCGCAAGACCCCGCGGCUCCUUCCCUUCCUGGUGCGACUGUUCAGAAUCAUCAGUCUCAGACAGGCCAAUCAAACGAGCCGACAAAAUCUCCUAGCCAUCGCCAAAACAAUAGUAACACGUUGCUUGGCGGCAUGUCACCCAGCGAGGCUGCUGUUCAGUGGCCACUUGAUCGAGUGCUGCUAUGGCUUGCGAAGAAUGGUUUCUCGAGAGAUUGGCAAGAAACGUUCAAGACUUUGCAAAUCGAGGGAGCUGACUUCCUCGACAUAGGUCAUGGGGCCAAUGGUCGGGGCAACUUUAACAAAAUGCACAACGAAGUUUUUCCCCAGCUAGCCAAAGAAUGCGAAGCUAGCGGAACAGGAUGGGACAAGGAGCGUGAGCUUGGGGAAGGAAAGCGCAUGCGUCGACUUAUUCGACAGAUUCACGAUGACGAUAGCUUUGACGUCGGGAUCCCUACCCAGAAACGUCGUGAAUCCCAAGCCCCAUCUGAAGGGGUGCCGGAUACGUCACCUAAGUUAUCUCAUGAGCCUCAGUCUGCUGGCCCGCAUUCAGGGACGAUUGAAAAUAGCCCUAAUCUCAGAGCACCACAGCUCGCUCAGCCCCAUAGAAACAGUGUCCAAAUGCGAUCCGUCACAUUGCCCAUCCCGACCACUCACGAUAUUGCUUCAUCAGAUUUCAGCCAGACGGACGGUAUAUCGUCUCGAUCAGACUUCUCGCGAACGGUAUUAGCUGGCCUUGGGGUUGACCAUCGUCGGCAGAGCCCAUCCAUGUCCAGUGACAACGGCAAUUUGGUAGCCCCUUUUCGAUCGUAUGAAGAUAGCCCAAAAAGUGGCAGUCCGGCGACGCAGCACGCUACCUUGAAUCAAGGUCUGUCAUCAUCGUCAACAGGCGAUUUGAGUGUCAAAUAUGAGCACUCGCGUGGUAACAGCUCCGACUCAACGAUGGGCCGUCGAUACUACGAAUCCCGCAAGGGGCAGGAAACGAUACGCCCAUCCCCGCAAGAGAUGUGCAGCCGACAGUGGACAGGAGAAACUUCUUCCUCAUAUCCGAAAGAACAUAAGGGACUCUUCAAUUUUUUGAAAAAGAGGUCAAAAGGUGGUGAUUCCACUCAUCCGUCCCCAGAGGAACCGUAUCUGGAGUCUCCUACAAGCCCUGUGAAUCUUCGCCAGAAUGGGCCGCAUCUUCCUUACGCCAAACCAAGUUUCAACGCCAGCGACAUGUCGUUAGGGGAGCGCCCAUCGUCUGCUUCUAUGUCCGACCAUGAACGGCUAGCCAUGAGAGGGAAACCGGCUCAGAAAGGAAAGAAAUGGACCUUUGUAACUCUGGAUGGGUGGAAUUUCCGUCUAGUGGACAUUACUGACAUGGACUCUGUGGAGACGCUGCGUGCUGCUAUCUGCCAUAACCUCGGAAUCUCCGACUGGGCCGGCGCACAGAUCUUCUUGACUGAGCCAGGACAAAGUGAACAUGAGGAACCGCUCAACGAUACGAUGCUCGCUCUCUGUCGUCGCACCAAAUCCGACUCCAUUGGCUCUUUGAAGCUGUUUGUACGUGGGACGCACUUGCAACCGGUGCCAAACAACGUUCCGAAUUUCGCCGGUCUGGGUGUGUCGCUUCCGGACAAGCAUACGGCGUCUCCUACCCAUCAUGUACACAGGAAACCAUUGGAUGACGAAGCCCUCAGUAGAAUUUCUCCGCAUACUCAAACGGGGCCUUCCUCUCCGCAGUUAGGAAUACGCCAACAACAGCUCAAGACUCCUGCUGCGAAAAUUCCGGCCCGCGACGCCUCGCAACAUACGGCGGGAAUGUCCCCAGUAGAAGGAGAUCAGCAGGUGGGAAUCUCGCCUGAACCAGACAAGGCAGAUCUACUGGCUCGUCACGAGGAGCAUAGGCGCGAGGUAGAACGGAAACAAAAGGCGUACCUAAGCUCGAAAGGGCCACCACAACCGAGAAACGACUCUUACGGAGAAACAGGCUAUAGACGUGCAGGCGUCAUUGAUUUCGAUGAGCGCCGUGUAUCCCCUUACGAAGACAAGAAGGCCGACACUUUAGUUCCUCUCCGCAAACCUCCUUCGGCCCCACAGGAGUCCUAUACGUUAACCAGGAUCAAUUCUCUGAGGAAGAAAGACGGCGACCGUCCGAGGGCUCCGCCAGCUGUGCAGACACAUGGUCUCGGGGCAGUAUUGGCUAGCAUGGGUAGAAUGACCAGCGCGAUUGGGACACCAGCUCCCUCUGUGCCAACUCCAACAAGCGCGGGCAGUAAACAGACUAGCUUUGGAAGCUUCGGUUCUCCAACGCAAGGUAACAAGAGCACCCCUCGGUCCUCCCCGGAGAAGGAAAGUCUCGACAACCCAGACAUCCCCGCGGAGCAUCGUCAGACCAAGAGCACUACCAGGAAACCCACGUUACAAUCUCGCAAGUCCUAUGGCCCCGAGUUCGAUUUCGAGGAGACUGAAGUCUCCUUCCAGCGCUCGCCCGGGCCACAGGAUGAUUCCGAUGAAGAUUCGGACGAUGGUCUAUUUGCGAUACCACUGUCAAAUAAUAAAGCAUCCACAAAAGAGAAUGAUUCCGGCUCUGGGACUUCGGAGGCCCAGAAGAGGACAGAAAAACCGGCGCUAACCGUGAAUACUGAGACCAGACUCCGCAAAGGUCUUUCCGUGAGUUUCAGGUCGCCUAGUGCCACGCGCGAAAGUUUUGCCGAUGCCAACGGUGACUCUGGCGGUCGGGACGGGUCUUCUUUCCUCAUGGCCGCUUCACCUGAAGACGAGAGGCCGCCGCCGCGGAGAGACUCGUUUGCUCGAGGCGAUAUAUGGGCAAGCAGACCUCCGGUUGAGGGCGUCAUCGACAAUCUGGACGAUUUCUUCCCUGACAUCGACCUUGACGCACCUUACCUCGAUGGACAAGGGGUAUCUCCUCCGUCAUCCCCCGCAAACAGAGCCCCGCCUGAGAAUGAUUUGCACAAGAAGGAAAACCAGCCCAGCUCAUCUUACGCCGGAGAGAUGAAUGCCAACGCAGGAGAUACGCUGGGCUCUAACGAGCCAACUCUCAAGCCACAAGGUGGAGAUAUAGUAGCUCGUCGUAAUAUCAACCGGGCAGGAGGGGGACUUACUCGAGGAAAGUCAAUCCGAGAGGUCGCCAAGGGUGCCAACCAAGCUAGCCGAAGUCGCAGCAUCCAUACUGGAAACCAGAAGUCCGGCGAGAUUCUUCGGCGUAAGAGCACAAAAAUGUUCGGAGCAAAGAUCAUGCAGAUCAAGCCAAAGCCUGGCAGUCGUCUCAGCCAACUCGACCCGAUUCCUCAGAACAACACACCAUCGGGGGUACCUCAGCGACAGCCUACUUUCCGCAUUAUCCGCGGUCAGCUGAUUGGCAAGGGGACAUACGGACGAGUCUACCUGGGAAUCAAUGCUGACAAUGGUGAAGUCUUGGCCGUAAAACAAGUCGAGAUCAACCCAAGACUUGCUGGGCAAGAUACGGAUCGGGUUAAGGAGAUGGUCGCCGCUAUGGAUCAAGAAAUCGACACGAUGCAGCACCUUGAACACCCGAACAUCGUGCAAUAUCUUGGAUGUGAGCGUGGCGAAUUGUCCAUUUCGAUCUAUCUUGAGUAUAUUUCAGGUGGUUCCAUUGGUAGCUGCCUCCGGAAGCAUGGUAAAUUCGAGGAGAGUGUUGUCAAAUCCCUGACUCGUCAAACCUUGAGCGGGCUAGCAUACCUUCAUGACCAGGGAAUAUUGCAUCGUGACUUGAAGGCGGACAACAUCCUUCUCGAUCUCGACGGCACCUGCAAGAUUUCUGACUUCGGUAUAUCCAAGAAGACGGAUGAUAUCUACGGGAACGACUCGUCGAACUCAAUGCAAGGGUCCGUUUUCUGGAUGGCACCUGAGGUCAUACAGUCACAGGGUCAGGGCUACAGCGCCAAGGUCGAUAUCUGGUCUCUGGGUUGUGUGGUACUAGAGAUGUUCGCUGGUCGCCGACCAUGGAGCAAAGAAGAGGCGAUCGGUGCCAUUUUCAAGCUUGGAAGCUUGAGUCAAGCACCUCCAAUUCCAGACGACGUUUCCAUGACCAUCAGUCCUGCAGCGCUGGCGUUUAUGUAUGACUGUUUCACUGUGGAUUCGUCCGAACGUCCAACUGCGCAGACACUGUUGACGCGUCACCCGUUUUGCGAGGAAGAUCUCAACUACAACUUCCUCGACACCGAACUCUAUGCCAAGAUUCGCCAUGUGCUUUAA